AUGGCGGGGCAGCGGGCGCUACUGCUCGCUGGCUUCCUUCUGCCUGGGUUCCUGCUCUCGGAGGCCGCCAAAAUUCUAACUCUGUCUUUGGUGGGUGGAAGCCAUCAUCUACUGCUGGACCGGGUGUCUCAAAUUCUUCAAGAUCAUGGUCAUAAUGUCACUAUGCUUCACCAGAGAGGAAAUUCAUUAAUAUCAGAUUUUAAAGAGAAGGAAAAAUCAUACCAAGUUAUUUCUUGGCUUCCACCUGAAGAUUAUAACAAAAGAUUGAAGGAGAAUUUUGAUUUUCUUAUGGGAGAAGCUUUGAGUGACAGAUACACAUUUGGAAAGUUUUUAAGCUUUAUGGAGCAACUGGGGCUUCAGUGCAGUCAUUUUCUAAGGAGAAAGGAUAUCAUGGACACCUUAAAGAAUGAGAACUUUGACCUAGUGAUAGUUGAAAAUUUUGACUACUGUCCUUUCCUGGUUGCCGAGAAGCUUGGAAAACCAUUUGUGUCCAUUCUCUCUUCCUCGUUUGGCACUAUAGAUAUUGGACUGCCAAACCCCUUGUCUUAUGUGCCAGUAUUCCAUUCCUUCCUAAGUGACCACAUGGACUUCUGGGGUCGAGUGAAGAAUUUUCUGAUGCUCUUUGAUUUUUCCAUAAGCCAAUGGCAAAUCCAGUCUGUGUAUGACAACACCAUCAGAGAGCAUUUCCCAGAAGGCUCUAGGCCAGUUUUGUCUCAUCUCCUAAAGAAAGCAGAGCUGUGGUUUGUUAACUCUGACUUUGCCCUUGAAUUUGCUCGGCCCCUGCUUCCCAACACUGUGUAUGUUGGAGGCUUAAUGGCCAGAGCUGUUAAACAAGUGCCACAAGAAUUUGAGAAUUUUAUCACCAAGUUUGGAGACUCUGGUUUUGUCCUUGUGGCCCUGGGCUCCAUGGUGAGCAACUUUCAAGCCCAGGAACUUCUCAGGGAGAUGAACAGUGCCUUUGCUCAUCUCUCUCAGGGGGUUAUAUGGAAAUAUAAGCCUUCUCAUUGGCCCAAAGACAUCAGAUUGUCAGCAAAUGUGAAAAUUGUGAACUGGCUUCCUCAGAAUGAUCUCCUGGCUCAUCCACACAUCCGUCUUUUUGUCACCCAUGGUGGGAUGAAUAGCAUAAUGGAGGCCAUCCAACAUGGUGUACCCAUGGUGGGGAUUCCCCUUUUUGGAGACCAGCCUGCAAAUCUGAACCAUGUAGAAGGCAAAAAAUUUGGUGUCUCUAUCCAGCUAAAGCAGAUCAAGGCAGAGACAUUGGCUCUGAAGAUGAAGCAAGUCAUAGAAGACAAGAGGUACAAGUCAGCAGCAGUGGCCGCCAGCAUCAUCAGGCGCUCCCACCCCCUGACCCCUGCUCAGAGGCUGGUGGGCUGGAUCGACCACAUCCUCCAGACAGGGGGCGCGGCACACCUCAAGCCCCACGGCCUGCAGCAGCCAUGGCAUGAGCAGUACCUGCUGGACGUCUUCUUGUUCCUGCUGCUGGUCACCCUGGGCACCCUGUGGCUCUGUGGGAAGCUGCUGGGCGUGGUGGCCAGGUGGCUGUGUGGGGCCAGGAAGCUGAAGAAGGCCUGAUGGAGGUGCAGCCUUGACAGGUGUUUGGGGAGCCACUGGUUGUAGAAGGCUUUCCCCUAGCACAGAACACCCCUGGUGUCUUCCCUAUAUUGGCACUUGAUGUGGCACACAAAUUGUGAAUUGUGUUUCACUAUUUUCUGCCUCUGUUUAGAAAUUCUUGUGAAGCGCUCUUGGGGGUCUUUCAAAAAAAUUAUGGUAAUAUACAUUACAUGAAAUUGACCAUUUUAGCCAUUAAGUAUAGAGUUUAGUGGCAUUAAGUACAUUCAUAUUGUGGUUUAAAUAAUACUACUAUCCAUCUCCAGAACUUUUCAUCUUCCCAAACUAAAACUGCACUGAUUAAAUAAUAACUCCCCAUACCAUGCGCCCACCCCUGACUCUUGGCAAAUCCCUGUUCUACUUCUGUGUCUAUGAAUUUGAUCUCAGGCUUCUUAACCCUCAUCAGUGGACUCCUCACUGAGACUCAAACCUUCAGCAGACAGCCCCCAUCUUCCUCCCCACUCCCUGUUUCUAGACACAACACCCUGCCUAGUCAUCCUGUUGUUCUCUGAAAGGGAGGUAUAUGCAAAACUAACUUCAAAGGCCAAAGAAGCCAUGAGACUGAAGAAAAAGGCAAACAGGUCCAGCUUGAUGAGAAAUGGUUUAUUAUAAACAAUUAUCAUAUGAACAGAAGCCUGUCUUGGGCUGCCACAAGAUGAGUAGAGCUCCACAACACCAUCUCCAGUUAGACCUGCUUUUAUGGCCCUGAAGACUGGGCAGUACAUACUGGGGGCUACCAGGAGGGGUCAUAUCCUGAGCAGAUCAAGGAAGCUUUGCCUGGAGGGUAUACUUAAGGGUGUGUUAAACAAAAGAAAAGAAUGGAGGAAGGGGCUGUACUCAAGAAGGCUUUAGGCCACAGAGCAGUUAUCGUGGUGGAAUUUCUCAAGAUGGCCUUAGUCUGGUUCAUAUACUUGCCAUCUCAGAAACUUUUCAGUCUCUCUCCCUCUUUCUGCUUUUUUCACUUUUUAUAAUAUGACAUAAGAUAUUGGCCUGUUCUUCAUUUUGGCCUUUUCUCUUGCACCUCAUUUUCACCUCACCUCCAAGCUCAGGAAGCCUGGUCUCUGUCCUACAGUUAGCCAGGUGUGGCCUCUCAGGACUCCACCUGUGGUCUGUGUCCCGAGUCCCUCCUGUGAAGAGCACCCCUUUUGCUGCUUAGACAUGGAGCCUGCCUUUGGGCCAUAGCUCAUGCUGUGGUUUUCACUUCCCACAAUUCCCUUCUCGAGAUUAACACUCUUAAAAAUGUAGUCAUGGAGACCUCAAGUACCUGGACCUCUGUGUGAGGCUCUGGGGCCUCAGGUCCAGUACUAUGGCAGUUCCCAGGAUUCUGUUGAUUUAAAAAAUCAUUAAUUUGCCACUAUGACAGUAAUACUUGAAUCACGUAAGAAAUAUAAAAGAUGAUAAAAUGAGAGAAAUUUGAUGAGAAAUGGAAUUUCAGUUUCAAAAUGUCUCCCCACAUCUUAUUUCCUAAUUAUAGG